AGAAAAUGACCGGGUGGUCAUAGUUAACGGGACCCCAAUGGAAAAUGUUCCACAUUCUUUUGCAGUCCAACAGCUUAGGAAAAGUGGAAAAGUGGCCACCAUUGUAGUGAAAAGACCAAGGAAAGUGCCGGCUGCUGCACUGAGGAGAAGCCCCUCCCUUGACUAUGAGGACAGAGCUUUAGAUGUAAUGGAUGACCACGCAGAAUUUGAUGGCAAAAGUGCUCGAAGUGGCUAUAGUGACAGAAGUUGGCAUACUGGUAAUGGAGGGCGCAGCCAAAGCUGGGGAAACAGCCUGGAUCAGAGCUACCGAGAAGAACAAGGCAGAGGCCGUCACCGAAGCAGAGACCGCGACCGGGAGUGCAGCUACAGCCGUGACCGGAGUCGUGGCAGGAGCGUCGACAGGAGCUUGGAUCGAGACUAUAGAAGAGAUCGGAGCCGAGGAAGGAGCGUCGACAGGGAUGGUGGCUAUGAACGGGACUACAGAGGAAACUACAGCCCACCCAGUUAUACUCAUGGAUCUCAACCUGAUCCUAGAUAUGGGAGGGAAGUGAGGAGUCGAAGUCGGGACAGGCUUCGUUCCCGAAGUCCUUCGCCUGAAAUACACCAUCAACAGGAGUACCAAGGAUCGCAGGAUCAGAAUGGACCCAUCAGUGUUCUCUUAACAAAAGGCAGACAUAAUGAAG